GAAAUUGGAAUCGACACGUUAACGAACGGCCACAGUUUUACUUGAAGACCAGCGUUGACAAACAGACCUGGGCUAUGGCAGGGUGUGGCUCACGUCAUAAAGUCCGCCGAUGGCCUGUGUCAGACAUCACUGGGCAUCAACACAAGACUGUGUUUCCUGACAAUUGUCACGCCAAUGCGAAAGAGUUUGUGUUCGUUGUUGGCGAUUCACAUCUCAGAUCUUUUGCUGAUGGAGUUGUGAACAUGCCAGAGGGUCGGCUGUCCUUUGGUUUUAUGGCCACACCUGGAGGAGAUGCAAGAGCGUUGCGUUUGGAGAUCUCCCAUCUUGGUGAUACUCCACGUACUCCAGAUGCAGUGUGCCUGCUUGCUCCGGGGAACAACAUGACCUCAAGUCGCACUAUUGAGGAGGCUGCCAGGGCCUUUGGGACUCUCCUCAGUGUUGCAUUGCAACACUGGCCAAACAAGGUGUUUGUGGUGGAUUUCCCCAUACGGCAUGUACAUGCAACACUGGAAUACCAGCUUCUGCUAAAGCAGGAAUAUCACCGAGUUGCAGCAAAGAUGGGGGUGCGGUAUUUCUCAACCAAUGAUGUUUUCCAGCCAUCCAAAAGGCAUCUCUGGUGUCAGGAUUUGGUACACCUAAGUGAUGACAAAGGUAUGCCUCUCCUUGCGGACUUCAUUUGGAACACUUCAUACAGCAUCCUGCACAUCCCUGUCAAUCCUGUGCCACUUAGAGUGCAUCCUACACUCAAACGAUGCUUCCACAAAAACAAGAAGAAGCAUGGUACUUCAUCACAGCCACAGUGUGUUGCUCCAUCUCAGCGCUCAGCAACAUCCUAUCGGCCCUUUCCAGCUGUUAAAAUGAAGUAUGUCGACCAUGGCCAAUGGACACACCUGCUGCCUACUGUUCCAGGUAAUUCUUGCAUGCCAAUGUGUCUGUGUCCCAAUGUGUUACUGUUAAGUUGGAGACCCAUAUUUCAUUUAACUCAUGUUAUAUGUCCUUGUUUGUAGAUGUAAGGAUGCAGGUUCGGGACCGGCGGCAUUGUAUACGUCAGCAUGCUGCCAAAGGACUGUUUGUUGACAUACAGCAACGAAUUCUCAGUGGGUGUACGAUGGAACGCAUCUUUGACACAUACGUCGUAUGUUACCCUUCGGGCUACCGCCAGAACGCCAAGCCUGUCCAUGACCCAGCACCCAAGUCUGUGGCUGAGAAGAAAUCUCUGCACAUCAAAAAGCUAAGUGGUGCUGCUUCACGUCAUGUGGGUCGUAGGCCUCUGGUUGUAGUUGACAGGGUCAGAGAAGUUGUAGAACAGGAAGCUGUUAGGGACAAGGUAGUAAGGAGGAGAAAGAUACACACCAGUGUUACACAGACAGAACAGAAGCAGGAGUUGCCUACUGAGAGAGUACUGAAACAGGAGUUGGCUAGUCAGCUAGUACAGAAACAGAAGUUUGGUACAGAUGAAGGAAGUGUUGUUGGUCAGGGGGAAGGGGGUCACAUACCUUCAGAAGUAGGCAAAGGGCUUCAGGAUACACAAAACAUAAAUGGAGUAUAUAGCUGGGUGAUGGUAAGUAAUUUGUGUGUUCCCUUCCAGCACAUUUUUGAAUGUCCCAAUAAGUUUAGUAUUGCAGAACUGUGUGAUGACAACACAUUGCCAGUAACUUGUAAGCCAAAUUGGGUGAAAUCAUUGCCAAGCAAGACAUCAAAUACACUGUACAACAAAGGGGGGAUGCCUUCUGUGCAUGACACAAGUGGGGGAGAUUCAGACCAUAACAAGACAUAUAAGAACCACAUAAGAGGAGGUGUAGGUGGAGGCAACUCAAUAUUUGAGACGGCAAUUAGCAUAGCAGAGCAGCAUGGUAUCCAACUUAGAAGUGGCAAUCCAAACAAGGCCAAUGGUAAUUGCUUGUAUGAAUCUAUUAUUGAUAACAUAAAUGCAAGACAAUGUUUUGCAGAACAUUUGCCAGAAAGGCCUGAGCACUAUAGAAAGGUCUGGAAUACUGUAGGUGAACAGAAAAUUAAGGCAUCUCCAUACUAUCCAAACAUAUAUACAGAACAGCAGUGGAGAGAAGCAUGGCAAACUUUGCAGACAACUAACCAGUAUGACCUUGACUAUUUUGGUGAUAUGGCUAUCCUUAGUUGUGCUCAUACUACAAAGAAAGACAUCCUUGUUUUCAACACACCUUGGAAAACAACAACUGCUCAACCUCAUAGUCCAAUAUAUGUAAUAUCUGCAGAUGCAAUAGAUCCAGCAAAUGCAAGAGAUACUGAUGUUCCAUUGGUGUUGGCAUACAAUGGCCAUCAUUUUGAAAGCCUCAUUCCUGUUUCUCAUGUUGAUGUUAACAAAACAAUUGUUUUGGUGGAUGCGUAUAAGACUGGCACGUAUACGACUCCUAGGUCUUUAGCACAAAUGUUUCAGCUCAGUGGAAAUGAUUUACACAACACAGAAACAGAUUCUCCCACAACAAAAAAAACCAUAUGUACACAGGCCACAGAAAACCAGAAAAGAACAAAGCUUGCACCUACAACCAGUAAUGUGCACAUUCAAAAUUAUGCUCCAAAAUCCCACAAUUUAGAUGAAGGCAAUAAUACCAGCGAUACCGUAGCCAUAACUUUGCCAGAUGUAUGCAACAGUUGUCAAAAGCCAUUUCAAACGCUGCUGGUACAUUUGCGCAGAUCAAAACAAUGUCAAUUACAUUACAACUUCCAAUCUUUGCAUCAAGAAGUAAUUGUGAAACACGCAGACCAACAACCUCUAUGGCAAGGUCCCAAACGUCAAAAACUGCAAAAACAUAACCGAACUGAGGUCAAUGUAGGCCUAAACCAUGUUCAACAACAACCUCUACCAUGUCAGAAAGCGAAAGAGGCCACUCCAAUUGAAGCCAGUGCAAUAAAGAUGAAAGUUACAAGGAAGAGACAGUUGCAGGGUAAUCCUGUAGAAGUCACAGGAACAAGAAGGACGGAUCUUCUCCAGAUUCAAAAUAUAGGUCCUAAAUCCCACAAUCUACACGAAGCCAAUAAUACCAGUAAUACCAUAAUAAUGACUUCCCUAGAUGUAUGCAAGGGCUGUCAAAAGCCAUUUCAAAGGCUGAUGCUACAUUUGAGCAGGUCAGUACAAUGUCAGUUACAUUACAACAUGUCUGACAGCAACCCAAGAAUGCCUAAUCCAAGUGCAGAUGAAGUUGUUCUUGUCAAUGAAAUGGAAAUCCCAUGUCUCACAUUCUCUCCUUUCACUAUGCAGCAAAAAAAAUCACUUUGUUCAAAAAUUCACAUCAUCCACAACCCUGAAUACAUUCAUACACAAGAACCAGUUCCAAGGAAUGUCCCAAUGAGUGAUCCUUGUGAGACAAAGGCUAUUGUAGGUGAUGGGAACUGCUUUUUCAGAGCUUUGUCAUUUUCCAUUAGUGCAACUGAAAGUCAUCACAGAAAAAUCCGACUAGCUGUGGUUAAACAUAUGGAAACAAACGCACUACAGUAUGCUCCUAUUCUCCGACAUGGAUAUUUUUCUGUUGAAAACUAUGUAAAAGCAUCACGGAUGAAAUAUGUUCACACUUGGGCAACUGAGGUGGAAAUACAAGCAGCUGCAGAUCUCUUCGGAGUUGAUGUUUUCACAUACAGUCACAACAAGUGGCUCAAGUAUUCCACAACAAAUGAAAAGACAAUUGACACAGCCAUAUACCUAAAACACUGCAACGCAUCUCAUUAUGAAGUAGUUACAUGCGUUAAGCAACACAAUUCUGACCUGUGCACUAAACUCUGCAAGAAAUCCAAUGACUGUCCACAGUCACAUCAGAUAAGCAGUUCUUCAAGUCGACGUGAGCUUGACAGAAAAAACAAGCAAUAUGAAGUGAACAAACAAUUCCGAGAUGCAAAAAAUAAAACAGGAAUUAAAAGAUACCAUGAAGAUGCAAACUACAAGAAAACUAUCAAAGAACGCAGCAUAAACAAAUAUGCCACUGAUGCCCAACACCAAACAAAUGUGAAACAGUACAGUGCACAGAAAUAUGCCAUUGAUGCCCAACACCAGGCAAAUAUGAAACAAUACAGUGCACAGAAAUAUGCCACUGAUGAACAACAUCGUGCAAAUAAGAAAAAGUGCAGCAUAGACAAAUAUGCCACUCAUGACCAACACCGUGCAAGUACUAAACAGUACAGCAUA